UGCUCCUUCCUGGCGCGGGUGCCCCCUCACUCUAUUGCUACACCACGCGCGCUUGUGUCAUAGGGGUGCGGUGAGCGCUUCUGUCCGCCCGCGCUUCUUGCCAGAUCUCCACGAGUGUCUCCCGCAUCCUGGCCUGGCCGGGCCAGCCUCGGGACGCCCCCUGGACCCGGGGGCGAUAGGGGCCGUGGGAACCCGGAGUGCAGAGGCUGUCGCCCCUGGGCCCGGCACCUACUGCUGGCUCCAGACGCAGACCGCGAGCUCCAGGACGCAGGUUAUAAGCACAAUGGCUAUGAUGAGUGUCAGAUUGCCUUCCAGUGUUCUAAGAAAGGAUGCCUGGAUUGGACUCUGGGGAGUGCUGCGAGGGACACCUUCAUAUAAACUCUGUGCUUCUUGGAAUCGAUACUUAUAUUUUUCUAGUACCAAAUUAAAUGCAUCAAGUUAUAAAACACUUUUCCAUAACGUUGUCUCACUGAGACUCCCAGGGCUUUUAAUAUCUCCAGAAUAUAUUUUCCCUUUUUCCAUAAGACUCAAAAGUAAUCUCAGUUCUAAAAAAUCCACUAAAAAGACUCUGCAGAAAGUCGAUGAUGAAGAGGACUCUGAUGAAGAGAGGGAUCACGGUGAGAUGACGGAGCAGGAAGAGGAGCUUGAGGGUGACCCCGGUGUGGUCAAAGACUACAAAGACCUGGAAAAAGUAGUGCAGUCUUUCCGGUAUGACAUCAUCCUGAAGACAGGCCUCGAUGUUGGAAGAAACAAAGUGGAAGAUGCAUUCUACAAAGGUGAACUCAGGCUGAAUGGGGAAAAAUUAUGGAAGAAAAGCAGAACGGUGAAAGUAGGCGAUACAUUGGAUCUUCUAAUUGGAGAAGAUAAAGAAGCAGAAACUGAAACGGUGAUGCGGAUUCUCCUGAAAAAAGUGUUUGAAGAGAAGACUGAAAGUGAAAAAUACAGAGUGGUCUUACGACGGUGGAAACAGUUAAAAUUGCCUAAAAAGAGUACACUUAAAUAAAUGGAUUGCUUUUUAGCGAUAAAGCUGCGUUCUAGUGGUGGGGGAAAGAGCUACCUUAAAAAUCAGACAUUUUCAUUAAAAUAAAGUUCUACCGUUUGGAA